CCCCGCGCCGGCGCCGAGCCUAAAAUGGCCACGCUGCUCCGCAAAAUCGGGCUCAUCCGCCUGCACAACCGGGACACCGAGGACCCCAAGCAUCACCACAACCACCGCGGCGGCGGCGGCGGCCAGCAGAGCGCGUCGCUGCGCGGCAAGGGCGGCGCCAAGAGCGGCGGCCACAAGCCGCAGCAGCAGCAUCCCGCCGGGGGCGCGGGCGACGCCAGCCCCGGACCCGGCAAGGGCAAGGGCAAGCGCGCGGCGGAGCUGGCCUCGCGCGACAAGCCGCCGCAGCCGGCGGCGGGGGCGGCGAGUGGCGGGGGCCCCCGCGAGCGCGCGGCGGGCGCCAGGGCGGGGCCGGGCCCGGCGGCGGCGGCGGCGGCGGCGGCGGGCGGCAGCCUGGUGCCCGCGGCGCGCCAGCAGCACUGUACGCAGGUGCGCAGCCGGCGGCUCAUGAAGGAGCUGCAGGACAUCGCGCGCCUCAGCGACCGCUUCAUCUCCGUGGAGCUGGUGGACGAGAGCCUCUUCGACUGGAACGUGAAGCUGCACCAGGUGGACAAGGACUCGGUGCUGUGGCAGGACAUGAAGGAGACCAACACCGAGUUCAUCCUGCUCAACCUCACCUUCCCCGACAACUUCCCCUUCUCGCCGCCCUUCAUGCGGGUGCUCAGCCCGCGCCUGGAGAACGGCUACGUGCUGGACGGCGGCGCCAUCUGCAUGGAGCUGCUCACGCCGCGCGGCUGGUCCAGCGCCUACACCGUGGAGGCCGUCAUGCGCCAGUUCGCCGCCAGCCUGGUCAAGGGCCAGGGGCGGAUCUGUAGAAAAGCGGGCAAAUCAAAAAAGUCCUUCAGUCGCAAGGAGGCCGAAGCUACCUUUAAGAGUUUGGUGAAGACUCAUGAAAAAUACGGCUGGGUCACCCCGCCCGUCUCUGAUGGCUGAUGUUUGCAACGUGCAUUAGACGCUUAAGCCGCCUCUGCACACACACAGACACCCGACAUCUCCUCCUCCACGCUCAGCAUCCUUCAUCCUUUUUCACUCCAGCCGGAACUGAAUCCUGAAUGCCAAGGAGACAUUUAAGUUAUUUAUGACCAGAUGUGUUUACAGAGAGAAAGAGGGAGCCGACGCUGUUUGGGAUUAGGUUUCAAUUAUAAAUGAAUGAUCAUCCCUAAGUCACUUUAGAACAAUGUCAAGAAGGUGACAUUCCCCAGCCCGCCUGCCCCUCCGCCCGUCCCAUCACUUUGGCCCUUAGCUUCUUUCCAUGACACCAACUCCAAAGAGCAGGCAGGAAACUCCGUGCCCCAUGCUCGACCCGUUUACAUGUAAAAGGCGCAGUUCAUAGGUAACAGGAACGCCCUGCAUCACCAGUACAUGUUUGCUGUGCUCUGUAUCUCCGGUUCUCUCCCUGGCAGGUCAACAUAACUUGAAGAUGUGUCUUCCUGUGGCCCCAUGUCAUGACAUGUAGACCUCAUCUGUGCUAUGACCUUUGGCUCAUGAAAACAAAAAUUUAAUAUUGCCAGGUUCUAGUGAUUUAAAACAGCAACUGCCCACUUGGUCAAACCGUGCUCCCAAUGCUGAUGCUGCAGUGU